GGCGGCAUCAUUCUGACUGUUGGAGAAUUUGACCUGCUCGCAAACGCUACUGCGAAUUUUUACGCCAACGUGACAGAUCCUAAAGCCUCUAUCAUUUCGACUUUCAAUUAUGAGGAUGGUAUUGUACGUUGCUAUGUUCUUGCAGUUAAUAUAUUCUAUGAUGGACCCAGCCCACCGGAUGGUAUCUUUGACGAGUUUCUGGCAAUUCCCGCUUUGGAUCAAGAUAUCUCCACACGCUCAUUCCUAUCUCUCAUUCUUACCGCACCCAGUAAUGCCACGACUGGAGUUCAUCUUGCUGUGCGCAGGGGAUACUUCGAUACCGUAUCGUUAUACGAGAUCACGCCAUCCAUUAUGACCGCGGUUGUCAACGAGACCCAGGUGUGUAUCAAGUAC